AUUUGUCUGUGGUUCUUUCUUUUGUCUACGGACACGUUGUAAGCACGUUGUUUCGUGAAUUUAUCGUGUUACCCAUUAAAAAUGUCGGCUCAUCUCAAUUGGAUGAUUAUCAGAAACAAUAACGCCUUCCUCGUGAAGAAGCGUAAUAUCAAGAAGCCGUUCAGCAAGGAGCCCAACAAUGUGACUAACCUCAACGCGUUCAGAUACAAUGGUCUCAUCCACAAAAAAGCUGUUGGAGUUGUGGAGAAUCCCAACAGAAAAGGCUUCACUGUGGUGUACAAGAAGGCGAAAGCCACAAACAAGCCGGCUAAGAACCUAAUUCGCAGACCUUUCAAAGCUGGUGCGCGUAGAUCACUCCACAAGGUAAAGAGGUUGCUCAGAGCCAAUAACUACCGCACAGACUUGGCUAAAGCCACCCUUCGUCGUGCCUCAGCCAUCCUCCGAUCCCAGAGGCCCAUCAAAGCAAAGAAACCCAAGGCGGCGGCAGCCAAAACAGAAUAACUUUGUAUGUAAGCUUCCAAUAAAAAUAUAAAAUCA